GUUAAUCCCUAUCCAUAUAUACCAUACUUUUCUGCUGUGAAUACAAUCCCUGCUUUCUCUUUCCUUCACCGAAACCAUGGAUAUCUUCAUCCCCAUUUCAACUCUUAUUUUCUUCUUCUUACUCUUCUCAAUUUCCAAGCCCCUACUCCAGAAGUGCAGGAACCUUCCACCAUCACCGCCUUCCAUUCCAAUCCUUGGCCAUCUCCAUCUCAUCAAAAAGCCCCUCCACCGCUCUCUUACUACCCUCUCCGACCAUUACAGCCCCAUCCUCUCCCUCUGUUUCGGCUCUCGCCCUGUCCUCCUCGUCUCCACCCCGUCCUUGGCCGAGGAAUGCCUCUCCAAGAAUGAUAUCAUCUUCGCCAAUCGCCCCCACAUCCUAGCCGGCAAGCACAUCAAUUACAACUACUCCGCCAUUGGGCUUGCCUCCUACGGCCCCCACUGGCACAACCUGCGCCGCAUCCUCACCAUCAAGAUCUUCUCCUCAAGCUGCAUCCAGAUGUUCUCUGUCGUCCGAAUCCAAGAGGUCCGGUCCCUGGUGAAAGAUCUGUUCCGGGAUUCAGAAUUGGGGAAAUCGGUAGUGGAAUUGAAGUCGAAGUUCUCGGAGCUGACUCUCAAAGUGAUGAUGGGGAUGAUUGCUGGGAAACGGUAUUACGGUGAUAAUGUAGUUGAUUUGGAGGAGGCGAAGUGGUUUCAGGGGAUCGUGAAGGAAGCAUUGGUGUUAAGUGGAGCGUCGUAUAUUGGGGAUUUCUUGCCAUUUUUGGGGUGGAUGGAUUUAGGAGGGGUGGAGAAGAGGAUGGUGAGAAUGGUGAAAGAUAGAGAUGAGUUCUUGCAGGUUCUGAUCGACGAGCAUCGGAGGAGAAAGAAGAACGACAAUUUCUCUUCCUCGAUGGAAGAAGAAGUUGAGGUGGAGAAGAAGAAGAAGAAGAAGAAGACGUUCAUAGAUGUUAUGCUGUCGUUGCAAGAAACAGAGCCCGAGUACUACAUUGAUCAGAUCAUCAAGGGGAUGCUUGGGGCACUACUGAACGCUAGAACGGACACAUCAGCUCUGACAACGGAAUGGGCCAUGUCACUUCUAUUGAACCAUCCAGACGUGCUGGGAAAAGCUAAAGCUGAGCUGGACAUGCAUGUAGGACCUCAUUCGUUAGACGAAUCGGAUCUGGCCAAGCUUCCAUACCUCCAUUGCAUCAUCAACGAGACUCUCCGAUUGUAUCCGGUGGCCCCACUUCUACUUCCUCAUGAGUCAUCUGAAGAGUCUAUCAUUGGAGGUUUCAAUGUGCCACCUGGCACAAUGCUAUGGGUCAAUGUGUGGGCUAUUCAUAGAGAUCCCAAGGUAUGGAUGGACCCCACAAAUUUCAAGCUGGAGCGGUUUCAAGGCAUAGAAGGAGCAAAGGAAGGCUUGAAGUUGAUCCCAUUUGGGUACGGAAGGCGGGCAUGUCCGAGCAUGGGCCUAGAUAUGCGGAUGAUGAGCCUGGCAAUGGGAACCUUGAUCCAAUGCUUUGAGUGGGAAAAAAGAGUAGGAGAGGAAAAGGUGGAUAUGACUGAAGGGCCUGGGCUCACCAUGCCUCAGGCUCAGCCUUUGGUGUCUAUAAACCACGCCACACCAUGUUCAGUGUACUUUCUCAGCUCUGAAUACCAUACAUGGCUUUGGGCUGGUUUGGAUGGUAUAUGGACCCUAUAUGGUUAUUUUAUGGUAGAUUACAGUUGUAAUGACUAUCUAUGUCCAGUGUUUGACAUGCCGAGGAUAUUACCCGGCAUUCGCCUGUGUGAGAUCAUCCCUUGUAUUAAGCAUCCUACAGGCCUAAUCUUCUAACGUUGUACGCUUUGUAAGAACUGGUCCAUGUACUCAGUGGGGCUACAAUAUACAGUUUGGUCUGUGAUUUGGAUGUU